AAAUUCGAGUAUCAGUGACUUAUCAUUAUCUUGAGCGCAUAAUCUACAGUUCAUAAAUAAGACUGCAAGCUUAUACUUCAUUAAAAUCAAUUACAAAAUGGUCAAGGUGUGUUUGGUGUUGGCCGUCGGCCUCGCAGUAGCUUCAGCUCUGCCCGCGAGCGACCCUGUGAUCUCAAAAUGGGAUGACCAGGGUCCUCGCUAUGACUACCUGGAGGCUGAUGACGGCUCCCUUCACCUGGUUGACAACUGGAUGAAGCUGAGUGACUACUCCAGGAUGGCCAGAUACAAUCCCGACAGGACCAAUGCCUACCAUCUGUUCACUUGGAGAAACCCAACAAUCUCCCAGCCGUUGGUGAUGGGUGACGUGAACCGCCUCCGCAACUCAAACUUCGAUGGCUCCAAGAGAACGAUCAUCCUGAUGCAUGGUUUCAUGGGGUCCGUGACCAGCGGCUUUAACACUGUCCUUGUGCCAGCUUUUCUGUCCUACGAGGACGUGAACGUGAUUAUUCUGGACUGGAGCUCAGGAUCUCACUGGGGACCUAAUGCUGCACUUGCUGCCGAAGCUGCCGCUCGCUUUGUUAACUGGUUAAACAGCCAGUCCGGAGGCUCUCCAGCAAGAUACCACAUCGUCGGCUACAGCGUGGGCGGGCACGGGGCUGCCAUUUUGGCCAGGCAUGUCAACGGAAAUGUGGCGUACGUUACAGGUCUGGACCCUGCCAUGCGUUGGGACUCCAACAAUGUCUUCAGACCAAACGAUGCAGCCUACACCGAAAUCAUCCACACAAAUGCUGGCAACAUGGGCAUCUUGGAACCUCACGCGCAUGUCGACUUCUACCCCAAUGGUGGAAGUGGCCAACCUGGCUGUAAUACUGCUCUUUGUGAUCAUUACAGGUCAUACUACUUCAUGGCUGAAACCCUGAGAACUGGCGGAUUCACCGGACACCGCUGCAACACCUUGACUGAUGCUCAGCGUGGUACCUGCAACCCCAACAGCACCCUCAGGAUGGGAGGACGCAAUCCCAAAACUGGAUCCCGAGGUCUAUUCUUCCUUGCUACCAACCCGUUCUCUCCGUUCUCAAGAGGAUAAACGGAACCAGUGAUUGAAGAUUAUAAAUUAAAUAUAUUAAGCAAA